UUCAUUCGAAGCGAAAUCGGCUACAAGCAAUGCUGUCAACAUUGUAAAUUUUAUUGUGUUUGUUUUGCUGUGCUAUUUCGCCGAGCAGCAAAAUGGAACCCAUCAUUCUGGGUAGUCCUGUGAACGGCCCCAACAGCAGCCAGGGCCAGUGCCUGCCCCCGUUCCUAAUGGGCGAUCCUCAGGUAAUGACGCCGAAGCCGGGACGCUUCGUUAGUUUUGCCCCACCACCCACCGGCACAUUCGGUCAGGACUUUACCCGCCCCGGUAUCAACACGUUCUUCGGCCUUGGCGGCGCUCCGCAUGGGUACGGUGGCCAUGGCCACAGCCUACCCAAUGUGUCGCUGUCGGGUGUCAGCAGCCACAACCUCCAGACAGCGCCACCCACCCAGGGGCUAUUCGAGUCCCUGCGUGAGCAGCAGUACAACACACAGCAGCGCCUUCAUCUGAGCAAGCAGAAUCAGUCACAGAAUCUGAAUCUCAGAUUCCACCAGAGCCAUCAGAAUCACAACCUCGUUAGUUUUGCCUCACCACCCACCGGCACAUUCGGUCACGACUUUAACCGCCCCGGCAUCAACACGUUAUUCGGCCAUGGCCACAGCCUACCCAAUGUGUCGCUGUCGGGUGUCAGCAGCCACAACCACCAGACAGGGCCACCCACCCAGGGGCUAUUCGAGUCCCUGCUUGAGCAUCCGUACAACAAUCAUCUCAGCAUGCUAAAUCAGUCACAGAAUGUGGAUCUGAGACUCAACCAGAGCUACCUCAUCAGCGACCCUCAAUACCUUCAAUACCUCAAUACGCCACGCCCACGGCUCGGUGACUCGUGGGUAACCAUAUUCGGCUUUGUGCCUGGCAGCAGCUCCAUGGUGCUGCAGCACUUCACGCUCUACGGCACCAUAGUGCUGGUGUCGCAUGCCCCAGAGAAUGGCAACUGGAUGCACGUGUGCUACUCCUCGCGCAUCGAGAGCGACAAGGCACUGAACUGCAAUCAAAAGAUCAUUGGCCACAAUGUCAUGGUGGGCGUAACACGCUGCACCGACAUAUCCAUCACACAAAACGAUGUCAAAGUGACGCAAAGCACGGAUUUGCCCACCAAGAGCACCGGACUGCUGAAUACGGCAAUAGACGUGCUCUUUGGUUGGUGAUUGCUGCUCCCUCCUCCUGCCUCCUCCUCCCCCACGCUACACUAGAGUUCUUUUCGUUUUGGUUGGCCCAUAGAUGGCUUUUUCGUUUAACUUAUUUACUUCUUAAACACUGCAUAAAUCCUACACUGCACACAUACAUACAUUUCACAUU